GUUUAACCCCUUCCCGCCCUGAGGGUAUAACAAAUGUUAAUGCCUAAGCACAAUUCUGCAAUGUUGACCUGUGUUAGUAAAACCGUCCGUAUCAUCACAACUACUGUACUUUGUACAUCCGGGUGGAUUAUACCGAGAUUUUUUUCAGGACAAAUUGGGCUUUCAUUUGGUGGUAAAUGGUAAUGGAGAUCUCCUGAUUUUUUUGUCAAUUAUCAAAGGAAAACUGGCCCAAAACAGUAAAUUCCCAUUUUUUUUUUUUUUUUUUAAAAUGGGAAAUUACCUCUACAAAAAA